AUGUUGGCGAGAAGGAUCCCCAAAGUCGGAAAAUCGCUGGUAGGCUUCUCUGGUCUUCCUCUCUUGGCGAUUCGCUUGUUGACGACUAGCCCAUCUUUACCGUUACUGUUGCUCCCCAUGGAUGCUGUUGGAAGCUAUCCCGGAGGCAAAGUCGCGACUUUGAAUAUCUACGAUUUGGAGAUGCAGAAACGAGUGACGCUGGCAGAGCUGAGGAUCCCAGAAAGCAUCCACCGUUCACGCACCAUCGGAUCUUCACGUGGUUGGGUCGUCCGAAUGAACAACGAGGACCUGACCGUACAUGUCACCAACAUGAUGAAUCCCUCAGCUCCAGAAUCCUCUCACAGGGUCAUCUCUCUGCCUCCCCUUUAUCCUCCUGACCGUUUGCAGUCCAAGGCGAGCCUGCAGGUUCGUAGUGUCUCGCUCUCCUCUUCCCCUGACAACCAUGACCAAGUGUGCGUUGUGGCUGUCAAAUUCGAGGGAAGCUGUAUCUCCUUUUGUAGAGUCGGUGGCUCCACAUGGCGAUACGAUUACUGUCUUUCCAGCCGAUAUCACAACUCCCUCGUCUUCUACUCCACUAGAGAUUCCACCUUCUAUCUCACGGCUUCUGAUACAUUCUUCCGCAAGGACGCUAGGGAUAUGCCGGAGCCCUUGCUCCCUUUCCUUACUUAUUACCGCCAAACCGGACCCUUGCAGCAACCCAAGACGGGAGAGUAUGAGUACGAGCUGCUGAGAAGGUGCCAACGGACCAAACACUUGGUGGAGUCACCCUCCGGCGAUUUAUUCAUCAUCGUCAAGUAUACUCUCAGAACUUGUAUGGGUAAGCCCGCCUUCUCUGAGGAGACACGACUGGACUUGGAACCUACGGAGGUGAAGACCGGGACAAGGUGGUUCAUGUUGUACAGGUCUGAUCCAACCACAAGGCUAGAGUCUUAUGUUCAAGACAUUGGGGAUUUCUGCAUUUUCUUAGGAGAAAACGAGCCUUUCAUUCUCCCCACGACCAUGUAUCCUGGACUUAAGCCUAACUCCAUCUACUUCACUGAAGGGAAGCAGGUUUAUCUCUACAAUAUCACCGACCAAACCUUCUCUCAACUCCCUAAUGACGGUCUGGUUCCACAUAUCUGGCUUCAGCCCAUCCUGCACUAG